AGCUAUAAUAAAGUUAUGUUGAUAACAAAAAGACUCGACGUGCUUACAAGAGCAAGAGCAUGUCAUGUUAUAAGCUUCUUUCCUUGUAAAAGCCUCUAAAGAAGCUUUCAACCGUUUCCUUGACUGCGUAUCCUAGCUCAUAAAUAACUUUGUCGAAUUUCUGCCCCUAGAAAGGGCAACUAUUAUGUAUUGCUGUGGCCGGAGCACUGAUGGUCAGCUUGGUUUAGGAGGCAUCGAGGAGAACACUAUAUCCCUGCCGAGGUGGAACAAGUUUCUUCAUGAUGAGAGUAUAAUGAGAGUGGGGUGUGGUCUCAAGCAUACUGUAAUCCUAUUGGACGAUGGCACCAUGUACUCGUGUGGGAGCAACGAGAAAGGUCAACUAGGACAAGACCAUUCCUCAACAAGGCCUGGUCUCAUUAGUGCGUUGGAUACGUACAGUAUCACUGCCGUAGCUUGUGGGAACGUUCACUCGGUUGCCAUUGACGACGACGGCACACUGUUCACCUGGGGGGACAACAGUUACGGUCAGCUGGGAUCAGACACUCAGACUGACAACAAGUUCUUCCCUAUGCGAGUGCGUAGUCUCAGAGGUGUACCAGUGGUGCAGGUCUCGUGUGGGUCCAACCACACACUAGCACUCAGUCAAGACGGCACUGUGUACUCGUGGGGGGAGAACACUCACUUCCAGUUAGGCCACUCUCUGGAUAAGUCAGUCAUCUCCAAGCCCACCCCCAUCUCACAGCUGGCCGGCCUACCCGUACUCCAGCUAGCGGCCGGAGGAGCUCACAACUUUGUCCUCACUCGAAGCCUCUACGUGUUUGGAUGGGGCAGGAACAACUUCAAGCAGCUGGGUCUGGGACACAACAUAGGUGUGGGGCAGCCUACUGAGGCUCUGAGUCUGAGCUCUGAGAGUGUCCGGUUCAUCUCGUGUGGAGAGAGUCACUCUGCAGCUCUCAUACAGAAAGGUGAAGUGCUGACAUUUGGUGCUGCCAGCUCUGGUCAGUUGGGUCACGGUACACUGCUCUCACCUGACACCCCCACCAAAGUUAAAGCUCUCCAUGGGAAACAGAUCUGUCAGGUGGCCUGUGGAAGGAUGCAUACACUUGCAGUGGACAGCACAGGCCUUGUCUACAGUUUUGGCCAGGGGUCAGGGGGUCAACUGGGGAUUCCUGCUAGAACCAACGUCAGCACCCCUUCGCAGAUAGACCACGAUUUCAGCGUUCUGCCCCCCAGAUCAGUGGGUAGCGGUUUAACAAAGAGAAUAUUGUCACCGAAAGAGGUUCCACUGUGUGGUACAUCAGUGGACCCUCCCACAGAUGAACCCAUGGAGCUGGAGGAAGAGCUGACCUACUCUGCCCAGUCUUCGGUUGAGAGUGUGUGUCGAACUGCCUCCAUGGAUAGUUGCUCAGAUAACGAACAAGAAUCGAGGCAUUCUGAUUGGACGAAUACUGCUUGUCUGCGGCGGGUGUUUGCCGGGGGUGACCAAACCUUUACUACCAUAUUCAGAGUAACCCAUAUACAGGGCACUAGGGAGUGUCUCUCCAGCUACACAGUGGAUCUCAGACAGUCAACACAUGUACUACACCAGCCACCACAAUUUGAAGAAACUGAUUCGCCACUCUCUGGAGAUGAUUAUUCUCUUGUUCUUUCUCACCUCUCUUCUGCGGCUGCCUUUAACUCAUUAUUUCUCAACAGUGGUUGUAGAGUGAGGGAGGAUGAUUGUUGUGUGGAGCUGGCUCCAUUCAAAUCUCUCUUCUCACAGCCAGCGUUCAGACUAGAGGCAACAAAGGUACUAGUGAAGGAGCAGCUCCUACCUAGCAUACCACUGCAGCCUCUGGGGGUGGAAUGUCUAAGAGUACUGUAUGUGCUCCCAGUGUACCUGCACAGCUGUGUGUCCUCCCCCUCCCACGCACACUACAUGAGGAUCUUCAAGACUGUGACCACCUCUCCCAGGAUGAAGGCUUGUCUAGGAAAGUGGUUCUUUAAUGCGGCUUCUCGUGAUCACCUUCAAGCUACUGUUAAAAUGGCUAGCUCUCUACUCAACUCUAAACUGACAGAAAUCGGCUCAAGACAAGGAAAGAAGAUGAUUGCUUUCAUCCGAAUACCACCGAGUGACAGCAGCCUGAUUCUAACACUACUGGACUUCCUACAAAUAUUUCAUGAGUGGAACGUCACGUUCGCCCACCCACUCAAACACACUGUGUUCCAGGAAAAUAUCAUAUUUGAACUCAUUGACCUCAUUGUGGACUUCUUUGCAUGGAUUGAAAAUAAGACUGAUGAUGGACAGGCUCCUGCUGUCAUAUUCUGCAAGUAUCCGUUUGUACUCGAUGCCAGAGCCAAAGAGAGACUCAUGAUGAUAGAGUCAAAACUGCAAAUGAAUAUUGCCGUGGCGCAGGCCCAGUCGUCCAACUACCACAGCCUCCUCUUAUCCCAGAUCAUCAAUGAUCCCUCCCCCACUGCCUAUCGACUCAGUGUGAACAGGAGCAAUCUGAUACAAGACACUAUGACACAGUUGGUCACCACUGAUGAGCUAGUCAACUUCAAGAAACCACUGCAUAUCUCGUUUAUUGGAGAGGAAGGGGAAGAUGCUGGUGGUGUGCAGAAGGAGUUCUUCACUCUUGUGCUGCAGAAGAUACUCAGUCCUGACUUUGGAAUGUUUUUGGAGGACGAUGAGAGCCACAGCAUCUGGUUCAGGGAUUAUAGUGGUUUAUUUGAGAUUGAUUUGGACCACUUUGUGCUGAUUGGUAUCCUGUGUGGACUGGCUAUCUACAACUCUGUCAUUGUUGACAUACCAUUCCCAAUGGCACUCUACAAGAAACUGUUAGGAUGGAGCCCAGAUCUGAGUGACCUGGUGGAGACCUUUCCCUCGGUGGGUCACGGUCUAGAGGAGCUGCUUAAAUACGAUGGAGACGAUUUCACCUCGACCUUUGACCUAAACUUUACAAUAACUCGGUCAGUGUUUGGAGAGUUGCUCACAAUCAAUCUGGUUAAAGACGGAGCCAACAAGCUGGUUACCAUGGAGACCAGGGACGAGUACUGUGCCGCCUUUGUAGACUACACUUUCAACGCAUCAGUUAAAGCUCAGUUUGAUGCUUUUAAAGAGGGCUUCAUGAAAGUCUGUGAUGGGAAAGUGCUCAGGAUGAUGCACCCGGAUGACCUCAAGACGUUGGUGGUCGGUCAACACGUUGUCAACUGGUCAGAGCUGGAGACUCACAUGAGCUAUACGAACGGCUACUCUUCUAACCACCCUAGCAUCACACUAUUCUGGGAGGUCUUCAACGAAUUUCCCAAUGAUCUUAAGAAAAAGUUUCUUUUUUUCUACACUGGAAGCCAUCGUGUACCCGUAGCAGGAGUCAAAAGCAUGAACAUGAUCAUCCAGAGAAUGGACGGUGGUCGUGGCUGUGACAAGCUCCCUGUGGCUCACACAUGCUUCAACGUUCUCGAUCUGCCUCCCUACGAUCGUAAGCUCAUAAUGAAACAGAAACUGCUUCAAGCUAUUAACUUUACUAGUGGGUUUGGACUCAUAUGAACUCGUUGUGUUGUCUGUAUAGCUUAUAAUAAUCUCUUUUUGUGUUGUUGUGUUUUUAUUUGAGUUGUGUGACCAAACAACCAUACUAUUUUUAUCCAACAAUUAAUUAUUUAUCCA